ACGUAAAGCACUACGCCGUCUUCGUGGGCCACGGGACGAGCCGCCCCGCCGGCCCCGAGGGUGGGGGCACCCACCGCCUCAACAUCCAGCGCAUCCUCAAGGUCAACCGGACCCUCUUCAUCGGGGAGAGGGACAACGUCUACCGCGUCAGCCUGGAGCCCACCGGUGCUGGCGAGAUGCGCUACCACCGGAAGCUGACGUGGCGUUCGAACCAGCACGACAUCAGCAUCUGCCGGAUGAAGGGGAAACACGAGGCAGAGUGCCGUAACUUCGUCAAGGUGCUGCUGGUGCGCAACGAGAGCCUUCUCUUCGUCUGCGGCACCAACGCCUUCAACCCCGUCUGCGCCAACUACAGCAUGGACACGCUGGAACCCGUCGGGGACAACAUCAGCGGCAUGGCCCGCUGUCCCUACGACCCCAAGCACGCCAACGUGGCCCUCUUCACAGGGGGGAUGCUCUUCACCGCCACGGUGACGGAUUUCCUGGCCAUCGACGCCGUCAUCUACCGCAGCCUGGGGGAAAGCCCGACCCUCCGCACCGUCAAGCACGACUCCAAAUGGUUCAAAGAGCCCUACUUUGUGCACGCUGUGGAAUGGAAGAGCCACGUCUACUUCUUCUUUCGGGAGAUCGCCAUGGAGUUCAACUACCUGGAGAAGAUGGUGGUGUCCCGGGUGGCCCGGGUGUGCAAGAACGACAUGGGGGGCUCACAGAGGGUGUUGGAGAAGCAGUGGACCUCCUUCCUCAAGGCCCGGCUCAACUGCUCCGUGCCGGGUGAUUCGCAUUUCUACUUCAACGUCAUCCAAGCCGUGACGGACAUCCUGGAGCUGGACGGGCGCCCCGUGGUGCUGGCCGUCUUCUCCACGCCCACCAACAGCAUCCCCGGCUCGGCCGUCUGCGCCUUCGACAUGACCCAAGUGGCCGCCGUCUUCGAGGGACGUUUCCGGGAGCAGAAAUCGCCUGAGUCCAUCUGGACGCCCGUGCCCGAGGACAUGGUGCCGAAACCCCGCCCUGGGGAUUGCCGGCUCUGGGCCAGCCACAGCCUGUCCAUCCAUGCGGAGGGUCCCAGCCCCCCACCUUGCCUCAGUUUCCCUCUCCCUGAGGACACACAGCUCCCGCACGUCUCAACGUCUGCUCUGUUCACACCACGCAGGUACCAGCUGCGCAAGAUCGUGGUGGACAACGCAGCAGGGCCGUGGGGGAACCACACUGUCGUCUUCCUGGGCUCCAGCACCGGCACUGUCCUCAAGUUCCUCAUCCAGCCCAAUGCCAGCACCAGUCCCUCACCCGCUGCCCCCGGCAGCCAGAGCGUCUUCCUGGAGGAGUUUGAGACCUACCAGCCUGGGAGGAACUGCCUCGGGAGGGACCCCUACUGCGGCUGGACACCCGAGGGCUCCUGCAUCUUCCUGGAGCCCAGUCCCAGGGUGGCCUUCGAGCAGGACAUCGCCGGCGGCAGCACGUCCCACCUGGGCGAGUGUGAGGGACUGGUGACGGAGAGCUUCGUGGACGAGCCGGAUGGACUGGUAUCGGUGAACCUGUUGGUGAUCUCCUCCGUAGCCGCCUUCGUCAUCGGCGCCGUCAUCUCCGGCUUCAGCGUCUGUUGGUUCAUCGGCCACCGGGACCGCAAGGAAUUGGCGCGCCGCAAGGACAAGGAGACCAUCCUGGCACACAGCCAGCCGGUGGUGAGCCGGCUGGGCGAGCGGCGGGCGCGCGGCGGGCAACCCGGCGCCUUGCUGGCCCCGCUCAUGCCCAACGGUUGGCCCAAGGAGUUGGGGAAGGUCACCCAACACGACCUGGACUCGGGGGUCCUGCCCACACCGGAGCAGACCCCGUUGCAGCAAAAACGCUGCCCCGGCGCCCUCCAAAACUGCACCUGGGAGCAGAGUCAUAACAUCAUCAACGCCGCGUUGCGGGACCCCGGUGGAUCCGGCACUACCGCCGCCGGCGCCGCUCGGCUGCACCCGAGAUGA